AUGUUUCAAGAAAGCAUUCCCUUCCUUACUCUGUCAGGCACCCUUUAUGUCUUGGUGGUAUCUUUAUUCUUUAAUGUCUGGCUGCUGAUUCGAAAGCCCCCCACGACUGAGCAGCCGUCGACAAAAAAGUCGAACAGUGCACUUGCACUGAAUCUACCCAAAGGAUGGUGGUCAGAUCCAGAUCGUUUCCAAGCCGAGAGACGGGCAAUUUUCAGUCAGUCUUGGAUGUGUGUGAGCCAUCGUGGACGCUUCCGGAAGGUCGGUGACUAUAUCGUUUAUGAAGUUGCUGGGUUCCGCUUCUUCAUGAUUUUAGGCAAAGACAUGAUUGUUCGUUCUUUUCACAACGUAUGUAGACACCGUGCUUUUCCAGUUGCUAGAAAGCAAUCUGGCUCUGCACUGGUGCUUGGAUGCAGAUAUCACGGCUGGAGCUAUGACACGAAGGGCACACUCGUCAAGGCCCCCUAUUUUGAUAACCUUCCAGGCUUCGACAAAAGUCAAAAUAGCCUCUUCGAGAUUCAUACAAAGGAAGACGGAUAUGGAUUUCUUCACAUCAACGUUAGCGCCAGGGAGGAUGUGGCCACUACGACUCCCCCAGAAGCUACCCGGAGCGGGGAACUCGGCCAAAUCAAGCUCGACUCUCACCUGAUUGAUACCAUGGAAUUUAAGGGAAGAUUCAACUGGAAGGUUAUACUCAACAAUCAACCGAGGAAAUCUUCGACAGAAGUUUCAACUAAGGACAUUAUGGGAACCUUAUUAUCCCAAAGCCCGCAUUCUGUUGGAAAGAUGGGCUUUUUCCCUUUAACGACUGUACAGACUAUGUCUAAUGGGCCCUUCUGGUACCAACUUACCUACUCUCCUGAAACAUCCCAGCAGACAGCAAUGCGUUGCGACGUAUACUCCUCUAUUGCCUCAAAAGACAAUGAAUUUGAAGAUGCCACUAAGAUAUCUCUUAUGAAUGAGCUGAAGCAAAAUAUAAGAGAGUUUGAGAAGCAGCACAAGCAGUUGACUACUUCUGGUUACCACUCAACCGGUGCUAAUGAUUCACAUGUGAACAUUCUUCGCAUGGUAGAAGGGCAUCUUGGGCAGGAGAAAAUCAGAGGCUGUGAAAUUAAACCGGCUACUGUUAAACAACAGUUUCAAAGCGAAGCUUUCACCAAAGCUGACCAAAGUGAGUUUUCCUUGGUGAGAUUAUAA